AUGCGUAGCCGACGUGCAGGUGAUUCACCGCGCAGACGCGCGACGCCGAAGCAGGAGGCGAAGCGGCUGCUUCAGUUUCUCGAUCGCAACGCAUCGUGCGCGUCAGCUGCAGCCGAAAAUCCGAUUUCAGCCGCAACGAAAGGCAAGGAGGGCAGAGGUCUUAGGCGGGUCGCGUUUGCAGCCACUUUGGCGGCGAGCGCUCGAGCCGCAACACCGCCGCCGCGGCUGCGCAGACCCACGGCAAACUCACCGUCUGCCGCGGCUGCGAAGGCGGGGCGAGCGGAGGCAGCAUCUUUGGCCACUGCCCAGCUGUUGCAGCACCUGCAGCUCACGUCGUUUCUGGAGCGCGUCACGGAACGGGUAAAGGCGUGGGCGUCUUCCCUCGCGGAAUGGGCGCAGCCGGCCUUUGACCCCGCACUGCGGGAGUGGGAGCGUCAGCUUUCGCUGUCCUUGCGCAAGGACUCCUUCGCUGACUGCACGGCCGUCCAGAACGCUAUGCAGCAGCGGUACGAGGACGAGUUUGGUCACAACCAAGACGACGUCGCCUUCCUCACCCUUUAUGCGCGUGUGCUGGUGAACAACGCGAUGUUCUGCCUCGUCAGCUUCGAGACCUACCGCAGCACGCAGCUGCUGCAGGAGGCGGUGCACGUGGCCAAGGAGGCAUACGCGCUUCAACGACGUCUGGCGCAGGGCCAGGCUCGUGGCGAGACCGGCACAUCCACAGCGGCCGCGGUGGCGAACGCUUCCGAGCAGCCGUCCCUCGUGGGUGAUCCGGAGUGCCACCUGUUUCUCCUGCGCGUGCUCCUGGCGAACGCGUACGCCAGUGAUCAGCAAUACUGGAAAGCUUCCGAGCAGUAUCAGCUGGCGCUGUCCGCGAUGGAGCGCAACCCGAUGUGGUGCCCAGAGCAGGUAGCCCCUGGCUUGGCGAGCCCGUUGCCGUUCAACCACACACUGGCGACAGAGGAUGCGAAGCUGUUUUACGAGGACAGCGUGCGCGUCGCCCACGCCAUCUCGCAAGGUCGCGCGCAGCUGCUGCUGCUCCAAUCGAAAGGGCCCACGGCGACGUCGGCACGGGUGCUGCAGGUGCAACUGGCAAUGGCGCGUUUACACCGGCACGCUGGCCAGUACGCAGAGAGCCAGAACCUCUACGAGAGCUACCUCGACGGCGUGACGGAGCACAUGGAAAGCGAGGACGUUGGCGGGGCCAUGCUGGAGCUGGGUCGACUUUUACUCUACAAGGUGAACAACAGCGAUGCCGCCGUAAUCUACCUGGAGGCAGCCUCGAGCAUUCUCCUCGAAGACGCUGAGGCGCUGCUGCAGGUAGCCGAUGCACAUGGUGAUAGUAGUGGUACAAACUGUAGCAGUGAGGCCACGGCCGCGGAGGCGCGCAUAGCUGCCGGCAACGCAACGCAUCGCGCAGCUGGCGCUCUCAUCGACACUGCCAUGGGGUUUCACACGGUGGGCAAGACGGGCCAGGCGAUCGGGCUGCUCGAAGGAUGUCUGCAGCUGCUCGACCGUGCCGAUCUCGGCCCCAUCAGCGGAUGGGUUCGGAGACAGUACGCGGACAUGCUGGCUAGCGUCGCCCUCGUGGAUCGGGCUCUCGAGGAGUAUAGUUGCACUAUUGAGUUGCUGCGCAACGGCUGCGGCGACGCCGUCGCACAGCUCGGGGCGGCUGGCGAGAUGGUGCCUCUUCACUCGGCGGAGGUGGAAGGCCACAUGGCUUUCUGCCUCCAGACCUACGUCGGCGACCACAAGCGGGCCAUGAAGCACUACCGCAACAUCGUGAAAGGGUCGCACAAGAAGGACGCGUCGGUGACGAGCGCGCAGGUGCGGCUGAACAAACGCGCCCGACGCCAGCGCGCUUCGGCUGCUGCGGUCGCUGCUACUGCCGCAGGCAGCACGAGUGCUUCGGACGGUGUCGCCUUCACUAGCGGUCAGGCGCGCGCGGGGUCCUCUCCUGCGCUGCUGCGCGUUGACUUGUCUCUUCAACCGGACGUGCUACACUGGGUGCUGAGCAACUACGUCGCGUGCUGCGAGCGCGUCGGCGCCUACGCGGAGGCGGUUGGGGUGCAGAGCCGCCUCAUCGAAAUCGAAGGCGCGCUGGGCGGCGGUGUCGUUCAUUCCUACUUGAAACUCAUCUCCCUCGCUCGCCAGGCCGGCGACAUGGAGAAGACGCUGGCGCUGUGUUUUUACAUCUUUUUCCUGCCUGACGACAUGAUGCCGAGUGAGAUGCGGCUGAGCGUCGCAAACAGCUUCGCUUCCUGCUGCCAUCGGCUGGGGAACAGUCGUAUGGGGUCUGUGCUAUUGCAGGCAGUGCAGCAGGUGCGCGGUGACCACGAUGCCAGCUCGCUCGCGCGAUACGCCAUGGGUCUCAAGACACUGGAUCCCUCUGACCGCGUGCAGUUGGAUUGUGUGGACAUCGAGGCGAGCAUCGAGACUAUCGGCCGCGUCUUCCGACGGGCCGCUAGCAUCGUCGUGGCCGACAUGGUCGUCAACGGCAUCGAGGAUGAGGAGCGGAUCUCUCGCGAUGGCCGCAGAGCCAGCGGCAGUGACAGUAGCGCUGCUAAGGCUACACUGAGCGAUGGCGGCGACGAGCCAUCGGUGUCCCCUUCAGCAUCGCCGUCUUUGUGGGGGCGGGAGCGCAUGGACAGGACGCUGAGCAGCCUCAUCGUGCUCAGCCGUGGCGCCUUCUUUUUUCACCAGAACCAGUUCAUCAAGGAUGCGGAGGAGCUGUACGCCGUUGCGCUGCAGCACGUCGACCACAUCGUCGCUUCCAUGCCGGUCCUGACGGAGAGGUACCAGCGGGAGAUGGGCAUCUUGCUCGUGAACUACGCCACGCUCAAAUCUGCGACGGACCCGGAGCUGGCAGCCACUCUUUACGAACGCGCUGCGGCCGUGUGCCCUACGUACCUGGAGGUGGCGGAGGUGGUGGCGGACGUCUUCGUGCAGUCCGGCGACUACGCCAAGGGGUCUGUGUACAUGAAGCGCGUCAUGCGCGCGAACCCGUCGGCGGCGACGGAAAUGCACAUGCGACUGGCGCGGCUGGGCACGGGUAGCGCCUGGGAUACGAUGUCGCACGGACAGCGAAUGGAGGUAAUGGAGCACCUGCUGAAGGGCCUCGGCGUGGCGCCUGAUCGCGUCGCGGCGGCGUUCGCAGCCGGGGUGCAAAGUCACCUGACCAACGCGAACGAUACUAACGUGGUCGUGUCCCUCGGAAAUCUCGCUCCUCUGCUGCUGGACGGCGUUGCCACCGCCACAAGUGAAGACGCCGUGUGCUUCGCUACCUAUGUCGUGCAGACCCGCUUUCAGGAGCCGCAGCUGCUGAACCGCAUGUACCGCCGCGCGCUGCUGCGCUUCCCGCAUCAUGCCACCAUCCUCGUGAACUACGCCACACUGUGCAUGCACUCUGGCUGCCACACCCUGGCCCGCAAGUACAUCGCGAAGGCGUACGCGGCCUCCUCCGGCGAUUUGAACUGCACCAUGUGCUACGCCCACUACCUGUGCCGCUCCUUUGACGACCGGCAGGUGGGGUGCGGCGAAGCCCUGUACGCUCACUUUCUCGAGCGGUACCCGAACGCGGCACAGGCGCACGCGGCGUUCGCCAACUACAUGGCUGGCGUCAUGCCCACCCCCUUCAAGACGGAGCAGCACUUCAAGGCGGCGCUGGAGCUGGCCCCGUCGUCGGAGGACGUGGUGCUACAGUACGGUCAGUUUAUGUGGGCCUGCACCGAUAGCAAGACGGUCUACACGAACGAUGAGGUGCGCCGGCGCGUCUUCGAUCGGGUGGAGCAGCUCUUCAAGGAGGCAGUCGCCAUCAACCCAAACAGUUUCACAGCGUGCCACCAGCUCGGCGCCUUCUACGCGAAUGGCCAAAACCGCUUCGAGGAUGCCAUGGCAAUGCUGCAACGAGCGCACAGGCUCCAGCCGAGCAACAUCGAGGUGGUGCGGCACAUUCUCGGUGUCUUGCAGGGUGAAUGUAUGCGAUUGAAGAAGGAAGAGGUGCGCCGCGGUAGCGCCGUGGCACUGCAGGGCACCAACACACAGUUCUUCUCUGGCCGACUGCGCUCGCUGGUCGAUGGGACCAAGGAAAUGUUCGAGCACGUGCUGAGGAUGGACCCCGACGACAGGGCGACCCUAGAGGGCUACGCGCGCUUCGCCGUGGAGACGUUGCAGGACCCGAGGCUGGCCGCUACCAUCUAUAGGCGAAUCGAAGAGCUGAACCGCAAGUAG